AUGUGGCCGUCGUCGCUGCUGUACCCGCCGCCGGCGUCGGCCUUCGUGACGGCGGUGUCGGUGGUGUCGUUCGCGUCGCUGGCGUCCGCAGGCCUCUCCGAGCUCCGCGGCCAGCACAUGGCCUACUCCAAGUUCUGGCACGUCGUGUCUGGACAGCAGCAGAAGAAGGGAGGCACCGGUGGCGCGCAGCUGUCGGGCCGUGACGGGAUGCUGGUGGCCUACGCGCCGGCGCUAGUCGCCGCCGCGGCAUCUUUCGUCGUGCCGGGUACCGUGGAAGGGCUGCGCGCCGAGCUCCUCGCUGCCGCGCUCGCCGUCCACUUCCUCAAGCGUGUCUUCGAGGUACUCUUCAUCCACCGCUACAGUGGGAACAUGCCACUCAACACGGCGCUCACCAUCUCCUCUAGCUACCUGCUCAGCGCCAUCACCAUGAUCUACGCGCAGCACCUCACUGUCGGACUCCCUGACCCUACAACGGACCUCCUCUACCCAGGCGUCCUCCUCUUCGCCAUUGGCAUCGCCGGCAACUUCUACAACCACUACCUCCUCUCGCAACUCAGGAAGGGAGGUGACGACGAUACGGGGUACAAGAUCCCCAAAGACGGGCUCUUCGAGUUCGUCACCUGCCCGCACUACCUCUUCGAGAUCACCGGAUUCUUCGGGUUCGCGAUGAUCUCGCAGACGGUUUAUGCGCUCGCCAUGGCCUUCGGCACGGCAGCCUACCUCGUCAGCCGAAGCUUCGCCACCCGGAGAUGGUACGAAUCUAAGUUCGAGGAAUUCCCGGCGAGCAUCAAGGCUCUGGUGCCCUAUAUCUUGUAGUGAGCCAGCUGUGGGAGCACGGACUCCCUUUGGAAGGAUAUGUUUGCUUGACCCUAGAGUCGUCUCCGGUGGUAGGCCGGAUAGUCUGGUGCCUUUAUUGUUAAUCCCCGUAGGGACCGCAUACCCCGGACCCGGGGCGGCCGAAGUUUCACCUUGGGACGUUGUCUCCAUUAUCCUAUGUCGAUCGAGCGAGAUCCUCCGGGACGACACCUCGAUGUCGUCCACCCUGUUGGGUGAGGAAGCUUGUGGAGGCGUCUCGUUUUCCAUCAUCUCCGUAAGAAGAUCCCCCAAAUAGGAGGAUUGUUGAGGAAGACUGUGUGCCGGACUGCAAAAACAUGUAUGCUAGAUGUCACCCUGGUAAUAGGAAAAGGAACAAGAUAUGUUUAAAACACCUUUGUUCGCUUACGAUUUGGCUGAAGGCUUGUCCUUAUGGAGGAACUGUGCGACAACGUCGCCUUGCGAGCCGAACCGCCUGACAGGGGCGUCUUGCCUCGCUUAGGAGCCUUUACCUCCCAAUCUUCGGAGGCAGCCCUUUUCUUACCAUGGGGAGAAAGGAUGUCAGCUCCUCCUUCUCUUUUGUCUUCGGAAGAGGGAGCCUUAAUCUCUCCGGACAUAGUGUUUGGUGUACCUUCAGAAUGGAGGCUACCUUUGGCUCCCUCGCUCUCCUUAUUGUCCUCUUUCACCGGCAUCUGGUAUGGUGCUGGUACCAGCAUCCUUGUUAGCACGGGACUAGCUGAGUCUUCAGGAAGGGGAGCCGAACACCUGAUUCACUCUGCCUUCUUUAUCCAGCCCUGGAAGAAGAUGGUUCUCUCAGUAUCUUAUUAUGAAAUGUUUAACUGAGCUGUGUUCGGGAGUCGAGUGCUUACCGAGGUAUUCAGAUGGUUGCAGUCAAGGCCGAUAUCCUCUGUAGUAUCCGGCCACUGUUUUCGUGUCCCGAAAAAUAACUUCCGCAUUCCUCUAUGCGUCAUGCCGAAGAAGUGCUAAAGGGUUCGUGGUCCUUCUGGAUUGAACUCCCACAUGCGGAGGGGUCGUCGCUGGCACGGGAGGACCCGGCGAACUAACAUUACUUGAAUCACGUUGAUGAGUUCGGUGUUCUUCUCCAGGAGACUCCGGAUGCGGCUCUGUAGAGUCUGCACUUCGUCAAUUGAUCCCCAGUCCAACCCCUUAUUGACCCAUGAUGCAAGCUGAAUUGGAGGGCCAGAUCGGAACGCAGGUGUAGCUGCCCACUUGGUACCACGGGGUUCAGUGAUGUAAAACCACUCCUGCUGCCAUAAGUCGGAAGAUUCUAUGAAGGAUCCUUUUAGCCAAGGAGCGUUUAUGAGUUUUCUCAUUGUAGCACCACUGCACUCCGCUUGUUUCCCAUCAACUACCUUCGGCCUCACAUUAAAGGUCUUGAGCCACAAGCCAAAGUGUGGGGGAAUACGGAGGAAAGCCUCGCACGGGAUAAUGAACGCCGAAACGUGAAGAAAGGAGUCCGGAGUUUGAUCAUGAAAAUCUAGCCCGUAAUAGAACAUGAGCCCUCGAACAAAGGGGUGGAGAGCGAACCCUAGCCCUUGGAGGAAGUGGGAGAUGAAUACAACCCUCUCGCUGGAUCUGGGAGUAGGAAUAACCUGCCCUUGAGCAGGGAGCCUGUGGGGGAUUUCCGCGGUCAGGUAUCUUGGCGCCCGGAGCUUCGCGAUAUCCUCCUCUGUGACAGAGGAAGCCACCCACUGACCUUGAGGGCUGGGUUCGGACAUGACCGGGAAGCUUGAAGCAAUCGAACCUUGGGUGCUGGAGCUCGAGGUUGGAGAGGUUGAGGAAAGGUUUGGCGUAAAGAAGCAAAAAGGUCUUAGUCCCUUUAUAAAGGCAAUGAAUAUCGAACGCCUCCUCCUGAACCUUAAAACCUGCCUAUUCUUAAGGAAUCAUACCAACCGGACGGUUGGAAUACCCACGCGCGUGUUGAUGAGGAUCCCAUAAUAAGGGGACACGAUCUCUGCUGCGACAAGACGUGCCAAUGAAACCGCGUCUCGGAACGUGGAGCGACAGGCUAAAAAAUGGUUCGAUAUAAUAACCGAGUGGUGACGUGGUGUCACGCUAUAAAAAGUUGCCAGUGGAUUGGACUCGUGAAAUAUUAUACUCUCUGCGGUGGUGUGUGGUUCUUGUUUUGUAAAAGCCAGACACGUUCGUUGUGUUCGAAGACUAUGUUGGAGUAUUUGGAGAAGGAACCCGCCUUGCAAUGCCGAAAACAAUCUGCGCACCGGACACCUCGCCAUUGAAGACUGGUUCAGGGGCUACUGAGGGAGUCCUGGAUUAAGGGGUCCUCGGGCGUCCGGACUAUAGUACGUGGGCCGGACUGAUGGGUUGUGAAGAUAUAAGACCGAAGACUCUCUCCCGUGUCCGGAUAGGACUCUCCUUGGCGUGGAAGGCAAGCUUGGCGUCCUGAUAUGAAGAUUCCAUUCUCUGUAACCGACUUUGUACAACCCUAGUCCCCUCCGGUGUCUAUAUAAACCGGAGGGCUUAGUCCGUAGAGGCAAGAAUAAUAAUCAUAGUCAUACAUGCUAGACUUCUAGGGUUUUAGCCAUUACGAUCUCGAGGUAGAUCAACUCUUGUAAUACUCAUAUUCAUCAAGAUCAAUCAAGCAGGAAGUAGGGUAUUACCUCCAUAGAGAGGGCCCGAACCUGGGUAAACAUCGUGUCCCCUGUCUCCUGUUACCAUCGACCUUAGAUGCAUAGUUCGGGACCCCCUACCCGAGAUCCACCGGUUUUGACACUGACAAUAGGGCUUGCCACCACGCAGUGCCGGCUGGAGUCUGUACUGCGUGAGUACAACUCCGCCCACGGCUUCACCCUGACUGGCGAGGGGCCCAGCCGGCUAGAGGAGGUGCAACGCUGGGGCAAGACAUUAGCCAGAUGCUGGGUGUAGCCCGACCCACCUACAGCUCCCCCGUCAAGAACAUGAGGGCGGAAGAUGAUGUGAGGAGUUGCUGCUGCAGCAGCAUGUUCGCGAUCUUCUGGCUACCGCGAACCAGCAGCAGGCACAAUCGGUACUGCCUCAACAGUCAUCUGCUUCUCACUCUGGGACCCCUCCUCUCGAGCUGGCCGACCGGCGGGCGGCUGGGGCCCCUCAGCCGACACAACAAGCAUCUUUGUCGGACGGCAACAAGAAGCCGGCUGCGGGGCAAGCGGAGCAGAGGUAUCCGCGACCCGCCGACUGUCAGCAGCCGUGUGAACGAGCCGGCUGUCGGAGCACACCACUGGCCGGCACGGCAGCCCCCACCUGCACAUUGGGGCCAGCCGGCAUUCGUAGGGCCGGCUGCGCGCCCUGCGAUAAGUGAGCGGCUGGGGCCGCGGGCCCCUCAUGACGAGCAAGACGCUCGCCACCGUAUCGAGCGGCUGGCACGGUCCCUGGCCUUGAAGGGGGAAAGUUCUACCGGCCCGACAUGCUUCGAGCCGCACAUUCCUGAGGAACCAUUUUCCAAGGGCUUCACGCUGGUGUCCUGGACUAGGGGGUACGAACCUAGUUGGCCCACAGUCCAUGGGCCGAGCUUAUGGCCCACCGACGUCACAAGGGAGGACAAUAGAAGCCUCGAUCUUAUACAUGACCAAGAUGGACUCACCCAAAGACUUGGCACGUACUUCAAGGACUACUUCGCCUGUCGGCAUGUUUAUCCCUAGUUGGCAACCGACCAUGUGUAACCCUAGAUACCCAGCACCUAUAUAAGCAAAGGGGUUUUAGUCCGUAGAGGGAUGAUCACAAUUUACCUACCUUAGGGUUAGAACUCAACAUACGAGUUCGAGUUAGAUCAAGCCUGUACUCGAUACAUCAUCAUCAAUACAAUCAAAACAGUACGUAGGGUUUUACCUCCUCGAAAGGGCCCGAACCUGGGAAACUAAUGUCUCCUCCGUCUCUUGUUACCCAUUGAUCCGAGAUCGACAGCUUGGGGCCCCCAACCCGAGAUCCGCCGGUUUUAGUACCGGCAUUGGUUCUUUCAUUGAGAGGCCCGCUGUGUGAUUGAAAAGGAUCGAUGGCUCGCCUGCAGACAUCAACUGUGGUGACACCUUCGUCCGUGGUCAGCUUUUUGCUUUCAGCAACACCGUCCUGCACGCCAAUUCGAUUGGCCACCUCGACCGCGUCAAAAGCUUCAUUCUGAACCAAGUCAUCAUGUUCAAAUGUUUCGAGUACACCCCCGACUCCCACAGCGACCUCGCCCUCUUUGCCUGGAUGCCAGAUUGGCCUGCGAACUCUUCAGACACACUGGCUUUGACCCCGCAACUGACCCAUAAUCCGGUGCUCAGAAUGGAUGCCUCAUCAGAGCUAGCGUCGAGUAUGGGUCUGGCCAUCGUCGCGUCAGACGCGAUUUCAAGCGUAGACCCGAUUGCUGUCUCAUCAGAUUUUGACCUCGAGUCAAGUCCGAACUUGGUACCGGCAUUAGAUUUGAAUCCAUAUCUCUUCGCUGGCCGACUAUGAGUCAACCCUCGCCAGCCACAACUCUAAGGCAGCCAAGCAACCCACAGAGCAUAUUUCAUUUCGACCUGGCUUACAGACAGGCCAUGGAUCAAAGAGAUCUCUCGCAGAUAAACGAGAUCCUAGACCGGAUUUAGAAUCUAGUGAUCUCGUCCUCGGUCUAUGAUAGGAUCGGAUGUAAAGAUGAUGCUAGGGAAAUUUACAUCCCACCCACCACUCACCUAGUCGCUACAAUCAAGGACUUAACUGACGUCCUGAACUACGCCUCCGAUGAGGCAGCUGAUAUGGAUGAAGAUGCCAAUGCUGCAUUGGGGGCGGCAUUUUCAGGGGUCACACCCCACACCGACAAUUGGGCCUCGACGUCUACCUAUGAUGUUUAUAUGGUGGACACGCUGAAAGAUCCACCCAGACGUCGACGCCCUCGUAGGCGACCAAAAGGCACUGGCAGGGGCAACACCCAGACCAACAACAUGGCAGCCACGACUGAUGGCCCCACCCCUGACAACGUCGACGACCAGGGAAAUGGCAAUAACGCCACUCCCGCUCAGAUCGGCAACAGGGACCCCAAGGAUCCCAAGGCUGAGGAGAAAAGUGAUUACCUUCCUGAAUUCGAGGAGGAUGUGAGCCUCGGACCCCAAGACUUCAUUGUCCCCGAGGACCCGUACGAGCAAGAGGGAUUCCGGCAGCGCCUCGCUGCAACCACCAGGAGCAUAAAGAAAAAGCAGCAGCAACUUCUCGCUGAUCAAAAUACGCUUAAUGACAAGUGCAUAGAGAUGCACGCAGUUGAUCAAGAUCUUGAGGCACGAUGCGAGGGGCAAGCCAAAUCCUACCAACAUCGGCAUUUGCUUCUUGACUUGAACAAUGAAGUAGCUGAGAAUGUGCCAAUUAGGCACGACCGAGCUGAUCAACCCAAUCUCCCUUCUAGGGGGCGAGAGUGAGACAGGCCGACAGGGGAAAACAGAAAUCCUCUAAUGAUACCUCGCCGUGAAGGCAACGACCCAAUCCAUUACCCCGAGUCGAACAAUUUGCGAACGCAGUAAAACGCAAACCUGGUUCUAGCUCGAUCCAUUUAUGGAUCACAAGGACACGCGCCUGCUACAUAGGUCAGCUACCAGGCCUGGUUGGACAGGUAUGGGAGGGCCCAGGAGCAAGCAUAUGCUCGAAUGCCAACCAAUGUCUGGGAUGAGGUGGUUCCUUUUCCAGUGCCCCACACACCUGAUAUGCUUUACAAACAAGGUCAUGGAGCAUCAGCUCCUCGAAGGGUUUAAACCCAUCAACAUCGAGGCAUACGAUGGAAUGACUGACCCGGCUAUGUGGAUCGAAGAUUUCCUCCUCCACAUUCAUAUCGCUAGUAGAGAUGACCUCCACACUAUUAAGUACCUUCCGGUGAAGCUCAAGGGAUCGACAAGGCAUUGGCUCAACAUCUUACCUGACAAAUCUAUCGGGAGCUAGGAGCAGCUCGAGGGUGCCUUUCGAGUAAACUUCCAGGGCACCUACGUCUGAUCUCCAGACACCAAUGACCUCAGCCACAUCAUUCAACAGCCUAGCGAGUCGGCCAGGAAAUUUUGGAAUCGGUUCUUAACUAAAAAGAACCAAAUAGUUGUUUGUCCUGAUGCAUAAGUGAUCGUCGCCUUCCGGUAUAGUAUCCGGGAUGAAUGGUUGGUAUGAUAGCUCAUAUAGGACAAGCUAAGAACCAUGGCAGCCCUUACCUCUCUGAUGACCUGCUUUUGCGCAGGCGAGGACAACUGGCUGGCUCACAGCUCUCAUGGCAACGAAGCUGGACCCUCGGAGGUGCGCGAUGGCAACGGCAAGCCUAGGUGCAAUAAGAACAAGCGCCGACAUAAAAAUAGCGGCAGUGAUGCCGUGGAUGUAGCGGCCAAUGCUGGGUUCAGCAAUGCCAAGGCUGGCCAGAAAAAGAAGCCCUUUAAAGGAAAUAAGGACUGUCCUAGCGCGCUCGACAAAAUUCUCGACAGGCUCUGCCAAAUUCAUGAACUUCGGACAAGCCGACCAACCACACUAACCGGAAUUGCUAGGUCAUCAAGUAGGCCGUCAAGGUGGCAGUCGAAGGCCAGAGCAAAAGCCAGUCCCGCAGCGACGAUGAGGAUGAACCUCGGAGGCCGAGCAACGAAGGCCAGAAGCAGUUCCCUUCCGAUGUCAAGGAUGUGAAUAUGAUCUACAUCACCCACAUCUCAAGGAAGGAAAGGAAACACGCACUUCGAGAUGUCUAUGACCUAGACCCUGUAGCUCUAAAUAAAGUCCUUGGUCGGCUUGCUUGAUCACUUUUGAAAACGCGACCACCUGAUAAGUCUCCAACGUAUCGAUAAAUUUUGAUUAUUUCAACCUAUUAUAUUAUCAAUUUUGGAUACUUUAUAAGCUUUAAUAUGCAAUUUUAUAUCAUUUUUGUGAACUAGCCUAUUAACCUAGUGCCUAGUGCCAGUUGCUAUUUUUGGCUGUUUUUGGUUUUCCAGAACAUCGGUACCAAACGGACUCCAAAUGCUAUGAAACUUUUUGACAAUUUUUUUGGGAGAAAAGAGACCAUGGAGGCUUUGGGAGGAGACCAGACGACAUACGAGGAGACGGCAAGGCAACAGGGCGCACCUUGGGGGGUAGGCGUGCCCUGAUGCCUUGUGGGCUCCACGUGGCUCUGUCUGACCUAAUUCCACUUCUAUAAAUUCUCAAAUAUUUGGAAACCCCCAGGGAGCAACCCGAAACAAUUUUUCCGCCGCCACAAGCUUCUGUUGUUCCGCGAUCCCAUCUGGAGGCCUUUUCUAGUACUAUGUCGGAGGGGUAAUCGAUCACGGAGGGCUUCUACAUCAACCUUGCUGCCCUAGCAAUGAUGUGUGAGUAGUUCACCACACACCUAUAGGUCCAUAGCUAGUAGCUAGAUGGCUUCUUCUCUCUCUUUGAUCUCCAAUACAAUAAUCUCCCCGAGCUUCUUGGAGUUCUAUCUAAUGUAAUCUUCUUUUGCGGUGUGUUUUUUGGGAUAUGAUGAAUUGUGGGUUUAUGAUCAGAUUAUUCAUUGAAAGUAAUUGAGUCUUUUCUGAACUU